AUGGAGGCAUUAGAUUGUACUAUGGUGGUGUCAGAUAGUACAGUGGAGGAGCAGGGUUGUAUCGGGGUGGCUCUGGAUCUUACCGCUGCAAGAGCGGCUCAAAUUGUGGUUGCGUGGGAGGUUAUAGCAUAUUCUUUUACUAAAUCUAGACCCAUUUAUCUCGUUGAUUUUGUGUGUUACAGGGGAUCAGAUAGCAGUCGAGUUCCGAUCUCUUCCUUCAUAGAACAUCUAGAAAGGUGGGGGCAUUAUAAUAAAGAGACUCUUGAGUUUCAAACUAAAGUCAUGGAAAGAUCAGGUAUUGGAAAUAAGACAUACUUGCCCCUUGGUUUUCACGUCAUCCCUCCCAAUCAUACAUUGAACUCUACGAUGGAAGAAUUUGAAAUGGUUUUAUUUGUAAUAGUUCAGAAUCUCUUUACAAAGCACAAUAUAAACCCAAAAGAUAUUGAUAUACUAAUCACAAAUUGUGGUCUUGUUUGUCCGGUUCCUUCUUUGUCUGCAUUGGUCAUAAAUAAAUUCAAAUUCCGCAGCAACAUAAAGAGUUAUAACCUAUCUGGAAUGGGAUGUAGUGCUAGUAUACUAUCCAUGUCCCUAGCGAAAGAGCUUCUCAAACUCCAAAAGCACUCUUUAGCUUUAAUCCUCAGCAUGGAAUCCGUAAGCUCUAGUGGCUACAAGGGAAAAAUCAAAUCAAUGCUCCUUGCGAACUGCUUAUUUAGAAUGGGAGGUGCUGCUAUUUUGUUAUCAAAUAGAAAACAAGACAAACAAAUGGCUAAAUAUGAGCUACAACAUCUCGUUAGGACUCAUCUUGGUGCUAAGGAUAGUUCCUACAAAUGUGUGUUUCAAGAAUCUGACUAUGAAGGAUAUAUAGGAAUAUCCCUCUCAAGGUCAAUCCUCCAUGUUGCAGGGGAAGCAUUAACGACAAACUUGACAACAUUAGCAACCCUUGUGUUGCCUUAUUCAGAGCUUAUUAAGUAUGGCUUAUUAGUUGUUUGGAAGAAAAUUUGGCCAAGCACAAAAAAAAAAGGACCUUAUGUACCAAAUUUUAAAAAAGCCUUUGACCAUUUUUGUAUCCAUGCAGGUGGAAAAUCAGUGAUAGAUGGUAUUAAAGAACAUCUAAAGCUAAGAGAUAGGGAUAUUGAGGCAUCAAAGAUGACAUUACAUAGAUUUGGAAACACUUCUUCUUCAUCUAUUUGGUAUUCACUUAGUUACCUGGAGGCAAAAAAUAGAGUUAAUAAAGGUGAUAAGGUUUGGCAAUUGGCAUUUGGUAGUGGAUUUAAGUGUAAUAGCAUUGUGUGGAAAUGUGUAACUAAAAAAUCGAAACUAGAUAGUUAUAAUGUUUGGUAUGAUGAUAUUGAUAAAUAUCCUAUAAACGUGCCUGAUGUAAUAGAUCAUUAA